CUGCGAGCUCUCAACCGGGCUGCACGGUGCUCGCGCUCAAAUGACAAAUCCGCGUCUGCGUAGAAUCCCGAUUUGAAAUGGAUUACGUUUCAUACGGUAAACGAAAUGAGGCUUCCACGGAGACAGUCCUUGCUGCGCUUCGAGAAAGCAGCAAAGGAAAACUAGUUUACGAAAAUCACUGGCCUUCGCAAAAUUGUUGGAAGGAUGUUCUUCCAAGCAAGCCCGUGCUGCACUUCGACGCAAAGCUGUUGCCGACCCUGUUUCAAUACGACACUGAGCAGAGAGAUGCCACUGACAGACCUGGAUCGCCGCCCGUCUCUCCGAGCGACCAAAGUUCUGGAGAGUCGGGCUCGGACGUGCCAUCGCCGAAAAGCGACGACGCGCAAGACCUGUACGCGUACGUGAGCGGCUCGGACUUCGACGUCUCCAUACACAAGUACGAGGAAGAAAGACUCAACAGCGUCAGGGAGGCCUUGCGCAAGCGGAUCGCGGACUACGAGCAGCACAACCACCGUUGGGAUGAGCAGGCCAAAAAGCACCUGAUGCUGAUUGAGCAGAAUCAGACACUAGAGUACCAAAUGCAGUUAGACAAGCUCAACCAAGAAUACCUUGAAGGGCUUCGAGAACUUGCAGAGAAAAGCCAAAAAGCACAGGAGCAUCACCUGAGCCACAUGCGGCAUCUGAGGAACAAAAUUAAGGAAGCUGAGCUGAAACAAAAGCAACAGGAAGAGGAAGAAAAGAAAAGGGAGGCAGAGUCAAAGCAGCGAGCGGAGUCCCUGCGCUGUCAGUGCAAGGAGAUGGAGUCCACGCUAGCAUCGGUGCAAAAGGCCCUCGGGGAGUGCGCGUUUGCCUCGUUUCUCGCGACACCUGUUGAGGACCACCGAGGCCUGCUGGACCGCAUGGCCCGGCAGGUGGCAGCCUUUGGCGCGCUCACCGCUGUCUCGCGCGAAGAUCUCCGUCGAGUUCUGGACUUUGCUACCCAGCUCAACACCCUGGUUCACUCCGUCGUUGCCGAUGUUGAACAAGCCACCACGAAAGGAAUGGCCCUGCAGAAGCAGGAGCAGCCACAGCCUGUAGAAAAUAAGACUAAGGACAUCGAGACGCUUGUUCAAGAAGCAGAUAAUGGCACUCGGUCACCAGAACCAUCGCCAGCUGCAGGAAGCAUGGGCCGUGUGGAGACCAACCAACUGAAGAGGCAUGCUGACAUUUUGGACAGACUGGAACAGUGGCAGGCCUCUUACAAGGAGCUCACCCAGGAUAAAGCACAAAAGAAGUACUGCUUUGACCUGCUGAAGGCAGUCUCGAUUCCUGUGAAUGCAAUAUCCAUUUCGAGCUCUGUAAAGGAGAAGCUGGAUCAGCUGAACACCGUUCUCUCGGGCAAGCCCUUCAAGUCAGGUUCUUGCACCAUCUCCACCAGCUCUCAUCCUCUGGCACUGCGUUAUUGCCUCGACAAGCUUGCGGAGAAGAUUGUGCUGCAAGGCGAAGAGCAGAUUUUGUCCAAUGAGGAAACGGCCUAUCCCGUAGCCGCGGUGGCGGUGGGCCUCUGGUGUCGCUACCCCGACCUCGGUGACCUUCUGCUUGGACACUUCUACAUGCGCUGUCCCGCUCUGGUGCCGGUCUUCUUCAGCCGUAGUAUGGCCUCCUCCGAGAGUGAAUACCUCAGGCUGUGUGGCUACAAGUGCGACGGAAGCAACAUGGAGACAGAGAGCCAGUUCUUGAGGCGUGUUACGGGCCUCAUGCGCCUGUACGCUGCCCUGCUGCAAACGCCGCUGCCGCCGUGGCACAAGCCUCUAGACAGCGACAUGUCGCGCCAGCCGCCGGGUUCGAAGCGCGGGUGGCAAUGGCUGGCAAUGUGCCUGAACACGCCGACCGAGGACCCUAACUUUGCGGCCACGCUGAUCUGCACUUUUCUGGAGGUGGCCGGCUGGACAUUGCAACGAGACUACGGCCGCCAGUUCCGCAAGAUGCUGCACGUGCUCUGCAAGGACUACUUUCCGCGUCUCAAGCAGCUCGUGAAGACGUCUAGUGGGCCCAUCUCGCGGCUGGAAGCGUUGCUGCAACAGGUCCUCCGCAAGGGGCACUUGGCUCGGCCGGAGGGAAGCCUCAAUGACCAGGCUUGGAAGUGAGCCGAAGCUACCACGCAUGGACUUCCAAAUUCUACGUGAUAGUGCCUCUAACGUCGCACUCGACUUACAGGGUCAAAGUCCGUCCCCCUGAGACCACGACUCUUGUCGCUUCUCAUCGUAUUGCUGCAUUACAGUGGCGACACAAUUGUGAAAGUUACUCGCUGCCUCCAAUUAUUGCACGUACUGUGACUGUGGUAGUGCUGCCAGAUGGCAUGGCCAUAUAAGUGUAGCAACCAGUGCUCUGAUGGGAAAACUUUACUCUGGUUGAUACAGUAAUUGUACAGCUUUCACUACUGAGUAGUGAAUAGGACUAGCAUUUCUGCAUAUUUACAUGCUUAAUUUCACAGGAAUUCUCCACACAUCUCAAGUUGGACAGUACGGCUAUCAUCACUGAAAGCUACGCUUUAUUUUAGCACUCGUUUGCCGAAGCCUCGGCUGCAAAUUAAAUUGUUCAAUCGCCAUGAUUAGAGCUACAGUUUGGUGCCAGUGUUCAGGAAGAUCUGCGUGCAUAGGACAUGUGCUUUAACAGCCUUGAAAUAUUGAAGGGGAAGCAUCUUUGGGCAGACAUGUUGCUGAUGGCGAUGAGGUCUUACUAGCAGUAACAAGAUGGCAUGUGCUAUUCCCAUGCAGUAGUUUGGCAAAGUGAACCAAACACCGGAAACAGACCAACGCACAAUUUUUAAAAGCUGUAGAUGCAGUGAAAGAUGCAUCGGGUCCUUCUCGCAUACAUACAUCAGGCCUGUUCUUGGAAGGCCUGAACAUGUUUUCUUUAUAUUGUCAUGUCCACGAGAGGGCUUUAUUCUGAGGCGACGUACCGGUCGACUCGAAGGUGUCGAGUGAAAGCGCACCGGAGACCUUUGCCAAUAGCUGAACGUCGUCUUCUGUCACCUCCCUGUUCCCCGCUACACAAAUGCACAUACCUAAAUUACAUAUGUGGUAACAAUAUGUUUGCUGUGAUAUUGCAUUGGAAAUGCUGAUUAGGAUUCUUUUCGGUGUGUGCAUCUUUUACUGGAAUGUAUAUUUCAUGUUCGUGGUGCAUACGCUUGAUUGCAAUUGAACAUCGUAGAGUUGUCAUUGUGUGCGACAAGCUGAACAUGGAGAUGUUCCUAGGAAGUGCCAACGUUAAAGUACUAUUACUGAAGCAUUGUUUUAAAUUAUAGCACUGCAGCAAUUUCAGCUUUUACACACUGGACUAUGCAGAACUGAUGAUCGUGUGAUCAUUGCUCUCUAGUUCAAGUAGUGUAGCUUGGCAUUGUUGAAUAAAUGUGCCUUGGAGCAAG